CAGUCGGCGGCCUUCCUCUGCGCAGUUUGCGCGCAAGAGAGCAGACGGACGUUGGCGUGUGGGAAGAAACAGCGAAGGUGACGAGGACGACCGUUCCAAGUCCUCACAAUGCUUCUUCACAGUCUCGUGUGCAGAGCAAGGAAGCGACCGUUGCAGACCAAACGCUUAAAAAGAAGAAAAAGCCUGAGGUAUGUCUGGUUUGA